AUGAGUUCCACUCCUCUGCAUGAGCAAGAGGCCCAGGUCCUUCAGCAGGGUGGCGGUCAGGGUGGGGAGGUGGUACCCUCAGGCAGUGUAGCCUCCCGCCCCCCUCAGCCCCACUCAGACCCCCAGGCCUCCAGACGUGUCUGCUUCUAUAAGAGUGGAGACCCCCAGUUCGGAGGCCACCGGAUGGUCAUCAAUGCCAGGACCUUCAAGACCUUCGAUGCCCUCCUGGAUGCCCUGUCUAAGAAGGUCCCCCUGCCGUUCGGGGUCCGCACCAUCACCACCCCCCGUGGCUCCCACCCUGUCCGGGGUCUGGAAGAGCUGCAGAAUGGGGGCUCCUAUGUCUGCUCGGACCAGCGGAAGGUGAAGCCCCUCAACCUGGACAUGGCUAACCGCCGCCAGCCACCCUGGAACACCACCACCCGGCCCGUCAGCGGGGGUCGGAGGGCGCAGCGAGGGAGUCGUGCUGUCCCUGGGGACAUCAACCGGCCGGCAGACAGCAGGAUCAGGACCCCUAAAAGGCUGAUAGUAUUUAAGAAUAGAGACCCCAGUGUGAGGAGGACUGUAGUUCUGCAGAGAAGAACGGCUCCAACCUAUGAUGCUCUACUGGACUACCUGUCAGUCAUCAUGCAGUUCCCUGUACUGAAGCUGUACACACCAGACGGCAGCAGGGUUGAAGGUCUGCCAGCCUUGAUCCUGUGUUCUGGGGUGGUGGUAGCUUCGGGGAACGAACCUUUUAGACCAGGGAACUAUGACUUCCUGACCCAGCCUGCUGCUGCUCUGUCCUUUAACUCAGACUCUAUAGAACCAACCAGGCUAAAGCCUCUAACAGAAAAUAAAACAUCGUUAUCCAGCGGGCGGCGGUCCAGGAACUUCAGCCUGUCAUCAGAGAGAUACUUUGUGAACCAGAUCAACAAGUCUGUGAACGAUAGCUCCAAUGGCCAGCCGGUCCGCCUCCCAGAGAACAUGGAGACAGAGCUAAACCGGAGAAAGACCCGGGGCUCUAUAGAUAUGGAGACAGAGACGUAUCAGCUUGUAGAGGACAACGGGAAGACCUCCAUCGUACCGCAGGAUGAUGACAUUGAGAAGUCCUUCAGGGUCAACCAGGAUGGCAGCAUGACCGUCGAGAUGAAGGUCCGUCUGACCAUUAAGGAGGAGGAGAUGAUCCAUUGGACGACCACGUUGAGCCGCUCCAGCGUGGUGACCAAUCGUAAACUAGGAGCCAAGUCGGUAUCCACCCCACAGUCCCCCGACAACAACGUGGAGGCGAAAGACCCUAACAUUGGUCUCAGUGAGGAUGAGACCAAGGAGAGUAACCACCCCAGCCGCAAUGCAGAGAGGGACGUGGCCUUCAGCGGGACGGACGGAGGAGGGACGGACAGUGGCGGUGGAGGCAGGGCUGGUUCUCUGAAGGCCCACCCCCGUCAGAAGCGGAUGCCAACCCCUGGGCUGAGACAGGUGAAAAAGAAACAGGCGUCCGUGGAGAGCGUAACCACGGUGACGGAGACAGGUGUCCAGGAGACCAGCCUGGGGACUUUUUCGUACACAGAGUGCAUGGCAGACGGGGAAACCACAGAGGGGUACUGUGUGGUCCGACAGAGCAGCAGCAGCUCCAGGUUACCCGCCAUACCACCUGUCCCCAAGCCCAGGAAGAGUGGCUCGGCUGGGGCCAGCAGGGCCAUCAGGACCAGCUCCCACUCCUCACUCCGGUCCUCUGGAGUAGCAGAGGUGAUGCAGAUUCAGAACAAUGGUAAUGGCAGGGAGAUCACUGAGACCGUCAUGCACAUCUACGAGAGGAGACAGAGCAGCUACGAUAACUACUAUGCCAACGCCCUGGGGGCCGGGUAUGGGAUAUGUGGGGAGGGAGGUGGGGGUUAUGCAGGUGAGGCAGGGUAUGGUGGAGGUUGUGGUGGUGGCUCCAGCUCCAUUCCGCGGAGUAAACCGGCCUCUUCAGAUUCGGGGCCGCGCUCCUCCGUGGACUUAACCCGACCAUCCAGUACCAGCGACUCACUGAACCAACAGAGGGAUGAGAUACUCUCUCUGUCUUCUGAACCCACCUCACCUUCUCAGAAUGUCACCCUUCCAUUUAAAAAACAACCAGAGAUCAUUAGCAACAAACUGUCGUCUUUCCCAGACAACGAAGCUUACGCCACGUCAGAGUCUUACACAGGGUCAUCUCCUAAAGAGACAGAAUGGCCAGAACCAAAGUACGUAGAGAACUGGCUGCAGAACAUCGCCCCGGAGUCCAUCCCCUAUGUCCCCUACAUGGAGGAGGGAGGCCAGGACACAGAAGAGACUGAACCCAGGACCAAGGUAAACAUGGAGGACGAAGGCCAGGACACUGGGGAGGCUGAGCCCAGGACCAAGGUGAUCUUCCAGAUAGGAGCCGACUCAGAGGUUGAGUCAGAAGUGAAGAGUGAUUACCCAGAGGAUCAACAUCUGCCCCAGGGGGGAGACCACCUCUCAGUGGGAGGCAUGUCCAUGUCCUGCCUGUCUGUCCCUGUCAGCUACGCCGAGGCUCAGGUCGACCUCUCUAACCCCCAGAGGACCAGGAAACUGUGCUCCUCUAUGCCCAGUGUCAGGAUUGACCCGGUGGAACAGCAGAACAGGCUCGGUCUCCUCCACCGCUCAGCGUCCUUUGUCCCUCAUCCUGUAGAGCACAGUGAGUCUUCCUCCUCCACCCACCACCUCCUUAUCCCCAAGGCCACUCUUACACCGAUCUUCCGUCAGCUCUGCUCCUCGAUACAGUGCAUCAGACAGGCCUCCCAGCCUCCUGCCAGCCUGGAGAAAUCACACAGCAUGCCUGACUUCUCCUCUCAGGUGUCAUCGGUGUUCGGCUCGUCCUCCAAGGCGCUGAUGUCCUUCCUGUCGGUGUCCACCCUGAAGGACACCCUGUCGUCAGCCCUGGGAAAAGGAGGAGGAGGAGAGUUUUGUAGAGGGAACUCUAAUAGCGGGUCGGAGGCCCUCCUGGUGAUGCAGUCGCUCCAGAAGAUCUCCACAAUGGAGGACGAGGAACAGCAGAGAGCCAGCCUGGCCAGCCUGCAGAGCCAGACCUCUGAUCAGCUGAAGGACAGCUGGAGAGACUUCCAGGAAAGGAGCAGUGAAAUGGGAGACAGGGAAAGUCCUCCUCUGUCUCCGAGCACCAACCAGGAGUUUGCCCUGGAUGUGGAGUCUGAGGCGGGUGACGAGAACGGAGGACGGUUGGGUAUCGAGGAGCUCAUGGAGGAACUUAACAUGCCCCAGGAACUCAGGGAUGAGGUGUCGUCGUUGGUGGAGGGAGAGAGAACAGUGCAAUACGCCAUGAGGUCUCCAAUGUUAGGGGGCAGCGUCAGUGAUAUGUCUUAUGCUGUUGACACUGAGGUAGACAAAGUAGAGUGUGAUGAGAUUGAGGAACUAGAGGUGUUUGAGGAAGAUGUGAAGAAGAUACCUGAUAACUGGCCUGGAGAGGAGAAGGAGGGUGAGGAAGUUGAGAUGCAGAGGAAGGAGUUAGCAGAAAAGGAAGAGGAGGGAGAAGGUGAAGAAGAUGAGGAGGAGAGAGAAGAGGUGGGGGAAGAAGUGGUGGAGAGUGAGGACAAGAGAUCUGAAUCAGACUUUGAAGAGGGCAGGAGUGUUGAUAGUCAUCCAUCCUCAGAUAACAAAGUCUGUUCCAGUGGCAGGAUGUUAGAUGAAGUCUGUUAUAUAGAAGAACGAGGUUUAGAAGAGGAGGGAGUGGAGAAGGAGGAGGACCAGGGCAGCUGUGAAGAGCAGAAUUAUGAUGAGGGGGAGCAGGUGGAGGAAGAGGAGGGAGUGGAGAAGGAGGAGGACCAGGGCAGCUGUGAAGAGCAGAAUUAUGAUGAGGGGGAGCAGGUGGAGGAAGAGGAGGAAGCAGAGGUUGGGUCUGAACUAUCAAUGUCAAGGAAGUCAAUUAAGUCUUUAAAGUCAGAUAAUUCAGUAAAGUCCGAGAAAUCUGUAAUGUCUGAGAAAUCAAUGAAAUCCGUAAAUUCAGAAAAGUCAAUGACUUCAAGGCAGUCUGUAAAGUCAGAUAAGUCUGAGGUAGAUUGUAAAGUCUCAGAACACGAGGAGGGUGACGUAGUGUCCAACAACUCCUCCUCUAGAGCCAUAUACCUCUGUGGUGUCAAAGAUCAGGGUCUAGACACCUCCAACGAACUAAAGACUGACGAAGGAGAGGAAGAUGAGGAUGAGGAAGAAGAGGUCAGAGGUAAAGACUGCUCCCAUCCUGUUGAGAUAUCUCAGGAGCUUCUAGACUUUGUCAACACUGCUCUGAAGUCCUCCUCCCUGAUGUUCACCUACGACCCUAAGGGUAACCUGCGGAUCGAACCGGAGGGGGCAACCAGGGUCGUCCAUACCAAGCAGAUGUUUCUAUUUAACGGGUGCGUCGACAGCCAGUACGGCCUGAAGAGACUGCCCAGCCCCAACACCUCUGACCUGUCUGACUACAGACCGGAGACAUCCAGCAGUGGAGGGUACAAGACCCAGGGGUCAGUGGACAUGUCAACGGAGAGCGGAGACCAAGACAAGGAAGAGGCAGGGAGACACUCGCCUGGCUUUCCACGUAUCAGACAGACUAGUGACAAGCAGAGUAAAGCCAGUACUACCUCUCUGGAGCUCUGGGCCUCUAAACCCUCGUCAGAAAUGAAAGUAGAUCAGUUAAGGAGCCCUGAGAGUCUUGAAGGGAAGAGGCCCACAGGGAGCUUUGAGUCUUGUCACUCUAAAGUCUGUGGGGAGAGCCUGUCGUCUGUCAGCGGGUCCAGCUCAGUGAAGACAGAACCAGGACCAGAGCUGGUCAGGAUGAUCGAUCAGGGACGUUGGCUAUUUAAGGAGGGGGACUCUCCUGAAGUGGGAGGAGCGUGGCAGAGCGCAGCAGACUCUAAGAGCCUCCCUGACUCUAGUGAGGGGGUUCUGAUUGACCAAGGGCGCUGGCUUCUUAAGGAGAAUCACCUAAUCAGGAAGUCUCCCCCGGUUCCCAUGGGGAUGUACGGUAACCUUGACAACACGUCCGUGGAUACAACCCUCAGUGAGGAGGCUCCAGCCUACAACCACCUCUCUUCCACCUCCCUCUACCAUCACCACCACCUCAACCCCCUGUCUGUCCUCUCCUCCUCCGAGCUAGAGGAGCUGGCCCGACCUCCGACCCCUAAGUGCACCUAUUAUAACAUGUCCCACAGCAGCGACUCAGACCCCUUCCUUGACAAUCUCAGUCUCAACGAGAACGGGGCCAGGGAGAGAUCAGAGGGCAAGGAUCAGGGGUUGCAGGGCAGGUCUAAGAGGGAGACAGCUGUGGACACAUCCCGGACCUGGGCGAGGAAAAACGGCAGCAUGUCGUCAUUCGCCUCGGUGGAGUUCAGGAUGCGGGACGGCAGGGUACAUCCGGAGGGGGAGCUGGGUGGGUCAGAGGCUGCUGUAGAGCCAAGCUCCAGGACUGCAGUGGGUAUGUCUGGACGGAGCAGGGCUCUGCAGGUACAGAGCAGUCUAGAGUCUCUACGCUGUGGACCGUAUUGUCCUAUACUAUAAUAACUGUUUUGACAGACCUGUCCCAUACCAUGUACAGCACAGACCUGUCCCAUACCAUAUACAACACAGAUCUGUCCCAUACGAAAAACAACAAAGACCUGUCCCAUACCAUAUUCAACAAAGACCUGUCCCAUACCAUGUACAGCACAGACCUGUCCCAUACCAUAUACAACACAGAUCUGUCCCAUACGAAAAACAACAAAGACCUGUCCCAUACCAUAUUCAACAAAGACCUGUCCCAUACCAUGUACAGCACAGACCUGUCCCAUACCAUAAUGACUACAAUACAGAUCUGUCCCAUACUGUAUACAACACAGAACUGUCCCAUACCAUAAACAGAUCUGUCCCAUUGUUAGAGGAAAUCGUAGUUAAGAUGAAUAAUUAUGUAUACAUUAUUGAUAUUCUAAUACUAUUAUGUUAUGAUAUGAAAAGUAAAAGUUAUUAGUUAAGCUGUUACUGAAAAUGUAAGCAGAACUAAUUUGAUUGUCUGUGCCUCUUGGGAAGGUCAAGGGGGAGAAAAAGCUUUUCAGACAAGAUAAGAAUGUUUGGGUUUUGUUCCAUUGGUGAGAGAAAAGUAUAUCUUUUAGACAGGUUGUAAUGUCUGGUUUAUGAGGGGAGUAGAAAGCAUCUCCGGACCUAAACAAAAAAACAACGGGGCUAUCGUGGGAAACUGAUGAUGUCAUUUUGAGUUUAUAACCUGUGGAAAUCUGUGUAUGUAGUGAGUACUCUCUGGAAUUAAACGCUCUUUAACCUGGCUUUUAAGACUGGUCUCAAUCUACUUCAUGCAUAAUUAAUGAA